AUGAAGGAAUUGGUUGACAGGUAUCGACCUGUCAAGGACGGUAAGAAGCGAAUCAACAAAAGACAAAGCAGGAGCCCUGCCGUCAGAUGAUCCAGGGACAGACAAUGAAGAACGAGUCGAUCAGGAUACAAAUAUUCCACGAGCUACAAACGAAAUACCGAGAAUCACCUUCGUUGACGAAAGCAUGCUCGGAGUUGUCGCAGUUGGUGACGUGACAGACCUCCCCGAGCAACAGGAUGAAUUCGGCACCGACUCGGAGAGCGAUGCGGAUAAUGAUACAGACAUAACGUUCAGCAGAUUUGGUCGCACCACCCGCGCUCAUUUCCGCCUUGAUCUCUAG